UGGGGCGAUUCGCAUUCAAAGUUCAGUAGCUGUCGCGUCAUCCGGAUACCCCAAUUCGUAUGCAUAUCAACAUCGCACGUUGUCGGCUCGUCUGUCCGGCCAGGAAGAUUUGCGCGGGAGUACACGAACGAAUCGAGGUCAAGACAAUCUGGCCAAAAAGUGGUUCAAACACCGAAGCGCCGCGGCCUUAUCCCAAUUGGCCACCUUCAUGACCGAUCACAGCUUCACGGGUCAUCAAGCCUAUUCCUUCGAAGCGGGGAAAUGCGAACUCCACGAGUCAACGGAAUUAUCGAGAGAGUGGAGGCCUUCGGCUCCGAGACACUCAGGCGUUUGCUGUCUCCUGACUUGGUCAUUUCCACCGUCAUUACCCCGAAUGAAGUUGGUCAACACGAGAAUGGGCAAGCAUGCCAUGGGCCACCCUGGUUAUUCAGCAUAGGCUUGCCUAUACAGGGAGGCUGCCACGUCUUCAAGAUGGACCCUACUAACUGCCAGCCUUGA